AUGAGCUUCUUCAGGCAAGUCAGACUUCUGCUUUGGAAGAACUGGAUCCUCCGGAGAAGACAAAAGCUUCGCUUCCUGGUGGAGCUUGUAUGGCCUCUGUCGUUGUUUCUUGCCCUCGUCUGGCUGAGGAAAGUUAAUCCACUGUACCGCCAACAUGAAUGUCACUUUCCCAACAAAGCAAUGCCAUCUGCAGGGGUGCUGCCAUGGUUGCAUGGCAUCUUCUGCAAUGUGAACAACCCUUGUUUCCAGAGCCCAACCCAUGGAGAAGGUCCAGGUGUUGUGUCCAACUACAACAAUUCUAUCCUUGCAAGGGUAUAUAAAGAUGCCCAGGAGCUCUUACUGGGAGCCCCUGAAAUCCGUGAUCUUGGCAGGAUCUGGGAAGAACUGAUCGUUAUGACUCAGUUUAUGGAAACAAUGAGAACUAACCCUGAAAGAAUUGAAGGAAGAGGAAUACGAAUUCUAGACAUUUUGAAAGAUGGGGAGACCCUUACUUCCUUCUUGCUGGAAGAUGUUGGCCUCCCAGAUGUUGUAGUUUUCCAGCUUAUUAAUGCACAAGUGCGUCCUGAACAGUUUGCCUAUGGUGUUCCUGACUUGACUCUGAAGGAUAUUGCUUGCAGUCAGACGCUCCUGGACCGCUUCAUUAUCUUCAGCAGCAGACGAGGUCUCCCUUCUGUGCACAAGGUCAUGUGUACCUUAUCCCAGGAAAGUCUACAGAGAGUAGAAGAUGCCUUGUAUGCAAAUGUUGAUUUCUUUAAGCUAUUUCAGCUGCUUCCCACAGUGUUGGACAGAAACUCACCGGGUGCUGACUUGAGAACCUGGGGCAGGGUUCUGGCUAAUGUCUCUCAAGCAGUGCAAAAACUCGUCGGGAAGCCAAGCGUGCAGGAGCUCUUGACAGUUCUGCAGCCAUUUGUGCAAGAGGGAAGGCCAGAAUCCUUGGACCAUUUGGUGAGCUCCCUGUCUGGUCUUUUCUGUGGCUACCCAGAAGGAGGUGGAUCUAGAGUGCUCUCUUUCAACUGGUAUGAAGAUAAUAACUACAAAGCUUUCCUGGGAAUUGAUUCAACAAGAAAGAAAUCCACUUAUCUUUAUGAUAACACAACCACACCCUUUUGUAAUGCAUUGAUCCAGAGCUUGGAGUCAAACCCUUUCACCAAAAUUGCCUGGAGUGCUGCGAAGCCCCUGCUGAUGGGAAAAAUUCUCUUUGCUCCCGAUUCACCUGCUGUACAGCAAAUCCUUAAAAAUGCUAACUCUACUUUUGAGGAACUUGAACGCCUCAGAGUGUUGACCAAAGCUUGGGAAGAAUUAGGACCUCAGCUGUGGUACUUCUUUCAAAAUGGCCUGCAAAUGAAUAUGAUCCGUGACUCUCUGAAGCAUCCUACAGUGAGGAACUUCUUGAACAGCCAGCUACGUGCUGAAGGCUUCACUGCUGAACACAUUAUCAACUUUCUCCACAAUGGGUCUCCAGGAAGCCGGGAGGAGGGAAUGGCAGACUUUGAUUGGCGGAAUAUCUUCAGAGCUGCAGACCAAGCACUGCGUCUACUCAGUCAGUACCUGGAGUGUUUGAACUUGGAUAAAUUUGAAGGUUAUCUUGAUGAAACUCAACUGACCCAUCAAGCCCUUCAUCUGGUGGAGGAAAACAAAUUUUGGGCUGGUGUGGUUUUUCCAGACAUAGAGCCUACAGCCAGCAGCCUUCCACCACAUGUGAAAUACAAGAUCCGGAUGGACAUAGAUGCAGUGGAGAAAACAAACAAAAUCAAAGACAGGUACUGGGAUCCUGGUCCAAGAGCUGAUCCUGUGGAUGAUUUGCGUUACAUCUGGGGAGGCUUUGCAUAUCUUCAAGACAUGAUUGAGCAUGGGAUUAUAAAGACUCAGACCAACACUGAAGUUCCAUUGGGAGUUUAUCUGCAGCAAAUGCCAUAUCCAUGUUUUGUGGAUGAUGUCUUCAUGAUCACUUUAAACCGCUCCUUUCCCAUCUUCAUGGUCCUAGCCUGGGUAUAUUCAGUCUCCAUGAUUGUGAAGAGCAUAGUGCUGGAGAAGGAAAUGCAUCUGAAAGAGGCCAUGAAGAACAGGGGUGUAGCCAAUGGGGUGAUCUGGUGUGCUUGGCUCCUAGACAGUUUUGUCAUGAUGGCUGUGAGCACCUUCCUCCUGACAGCACUGCUCAUGUGUGGAGAAGUCCUACAGUACAGCAGUCCACUGCUGCUCUUUCUGUUCUUACUGACGUUCACCACGGCCACCAUAAUGCAAUGUUUCUUGUUCAGCACCUUCUUUUCCAAAGCAAAUCUGGCAGCUGCCUGCAGUGGAGUCAUCUACUUCACGUUGUACCUGCCCCACAUUGUCUGCUUUGUCUGGCAAGAGCGCAUGACUGUCAAGCUGAAGAUCCUACUGAGUCUGAUUUCUCAAGUAGCUUUUGGCUUUGGUACCGAGUAUUUGUCACGCUAUGAAGAACAAGGUCUUGGCCUACAGUGGGGUAACAUCAGAACUAGUCCAUUGGAAGGAGAUGAAUAUAGUUUUCUUUUUUCCAUUAAAAUGAUGCUUUUUGAUGCUUUUCUCUAUGGAAUACUUUCUUGGUAUCUUGACAACGUUUUCCCAGGGGACUAUGGGCUGCCACAGCCUUGGUACUUCCCUGUGCAGAAAUCCUACUGGCUUGGCUGACAGGGCUGUAGUUCCCGAGAGCUAAAAGCAAUUGACAAAGAUGAAAUUAAUAGUAAGGAGAGAAAGCAACCUGAACAUUGUGAUGGUUUGGCAAACACCUGCUUUGAGCCUGAGCCAACAGGACUGAUUCCAGGAGUAUGUGUUCAGAACCUAGUGAAGAUUUUUGCAAACAGACCCAAGCCAGCAGUAGAUGGGAUGAAUAUUACUUUUUAUGAGGGCCAGAUCACAGCCUUCCUUGGUCAGAAUGGAGCAGGAAAGACAACUACCAUGUCAAUACUGACAGGCCUUUUUCCACCCACUUCUGGAACGAUACUGAUUGAUGGCCUGGAUAUUCAGACUCAUAUGGAUUCUGUUCAACACAGACUGGGGAUGUGCCCUCAGCACAACAUCUUAUUCAACCAGCUUACUGUAGCAGAGCACAUCUUGUUUUACUCUCAACUGAAAGGGAGAUCCAGAGAUGAAGCUGACCAAGAGCUGGAAACAAUGCUAGAAGACACAGGCCUCACACAUAAAAGAAAUGAAGAGGCUCACAAUUUGUCAGGUGGAAUGCAAAGGAAGCUCUCUGUUGCCAUUGCUUUUGUGGGUGAAGCCAAAGUAGUAGUGUUGGAUGAGCCCACUUCUGGAGUUGAUCCAUACUCCAGGCGAUCGAUCUGGGAUCUUCUGCUAAAGUAUCGCUCAGGCAGAACCAUCAUCUUUUCAACUCAUCACAUGGACGAGGCAGACAUCCUUGGAGACAGAGUAGCCAUCAUAUCCCAAGGGAAACUCUUCUGCUCAGGCUCUCCUGUAUUUCUGAAGAACUGUUUUGGGUCUGGCUUCUAUCUCACUCUUGUUCGCAAGAUGAAGAACACCGGAACUGGAAGGGCCACAUCACUUUGUAGCUGUGGAUCCCAGUGCUCCUGCUCCUGCUCCAGCUGUGCGCAGAGGGACAAGGAAGAAGCUCCAAGCCUGGAACUGGACGGAGACCUGAAUGAGUUAGAAGAAGUAAUUCAUCAUCAUAUUCCAGAAGCAAAAUUAAUCAAAAGCAUUGGCCAGGAACUCAUUUACCUUUUGCCCAAUAAACACUUCAAACAACGAUCUUAUGCGAGUCUCUUCAGAGAACUGGAGGAAACAUUGGACGACCUGGGGCUCAGCAGUUUUGGAGUUUCAGACACACCACUUGAAGAGGUUUUCCUAAAAGUAACAGCAGAAGCUGACCCUGGGAUUCAAAAAGCAGGACACGCUCAAGAAAAUGGUUCUACUCUUUGCGAAACUGCUGCUGAGAACCAGCCAGCUGAACAAAACACACUGAGAACUACUGACACCUCUCGAAUGCCAGUAGGUCUACCAGGAGAUGAAAAUGAAGGCAAAGGAUCCCGACAGUAUAAAGGUUUGGAGCUUGUCCAUCAGCAGAUCAAAGCACUGCUCAUUAAACGGUUCCACCAUGCUUCUCGUAGCUACAAGGACUUCCUAGCCCAGAUUGUUCUCCCUGCUAGUUUUGUGUUGCUGUCUUUAAUAAUUACGGUCGUUAUUCCUCCAUUUGGAGAAUAUCCUGCCUUAACAUUACAUCCCUGGAUCUAUGGACAACAGUUUACUUUCUUCAGCAACGAGCGUCCUGGGAAUGAGCGGAUGGUCUCCCUCACUGAUGCUCUCCUGAACAAACCUGGCUUUGGAAACCGUUGCAUGAAGAAUCAGCCUCUGCUGGGCUACCCAUGCAAUAAUGUGACGACUGCCUGGAGCACACCUGCUGUUCAUCCUGACUUGAGCAGCUUCCUUCUGAGCCACAAGUGGAGCCCGGAGAAGCCUUCGCCUCUCUGCAAGUGCAGCUCUCAGAAGAAACUGACUAUGCUGCCAGAAUGCCCAGCAGGGGCAGGAGGCCUCCCACCGCCACAGCGAGUGCAGCAAAGCACAGAAAUUCUUCAAGAUCUGACCCACAGAAACAUUUCAGAUUUUCUGGUGAAAACAUAUCCCAGCCUGAUAAAAGGGAGCUUGAAGAGCAAAUACUGGGUCAAUGAGCAAAGGUAUGGAGGAAUUUCUAUAGGAGGAAGGCUUCCAGUCCUUCAUGUUUCUGGAGAUCAGGUUGUCAAUUUUUUAAGUGAUCUUGGCCGAAUGAUGAAUGUUACAGGAGGACAAAAUUCACUGACUGCUGCUAAAGAAAUGUCUAAUUUCCUUAAAUAUAUGGAAACUGAAGAUAAUAUUAAGGUGUGGUUUAACAACAAAGGCUGGCAUGCUAUAGUUAGUUUCCUUAAUGUAGCAAAUAAUGCAAUCCUUAGAGCUAACCUGCGAACUGGCCAAGCUCCUGAGGAAUAUGGGAUCACUGCUGUAAACCAUCCUCUUAACCUCACUAAGGAGCAGCUCUCUGAAGUCACUGUACUGACUACUUCAGUGGAUGCCGUUGUUGCCAUCUGUGUCAUUUUUGCCAUGUCCUUUAUACCAGCCAGUUUUGUGUUAUACCUGAUUCAAGAGCGUGUGACCAAAGCUAAGCACCUGCAGCUUGUCAGCGGUGUGAGCCCUGCCAUCUACUGGCUGACUAACUUCUUGUGGGACAUAGUCAAUUAUGCACUGAGUGUUGGAAUGGUUGUGGCUAUAUUCAUUGGAUUCAACAAGAAAGCAUACACUUCUCCAACAAAUCUUCCUGUGCUUGUUGCCUUGCUGCUUCUAUAUGGGUGGGCAGUAAUUCCCAUGAUGUACCCUGCUGCUUCUUUCUUCAGCGUCCCCAGCACUGCGUAUGUGGUGCUGUCUUGCAUUAAUCUCUUUGUCGGGAUCAACAGCACUGCCAUUACCUUCAUCCUGGAGCUGUUUGAGAACAACCCGUCUUUGCUGAAGUUUAACAAGACAUUGAAAAAUGUGUUAAUUGCCUUCCCACAUUUUUGCCUGGGCCGUGGACUCAUUGAUUUGGCCAUGAACCAAGCUGUGACUGAAGUAUAUGCCAGAUUUGGUGAGGAGCAUGUUUCCAACCCUUUUCAGUGGGACUUUGUUGGAAAGAACUUGGUUGCCAUGGCUGUGCAAGGGGUUGCAUACUUCAUUCUGAAUCUCUUUAUGCAGCACCGUUUAUUCUCCAUGAGAUGGUUUGCUGGGCCUGCCAUGCCACCUAUUAUUGACGAAGAUGAGGAUGUUGCAGAAGAAAGAAAAAGAAUUAUGAGUGGUGGGAACAAAACAGAUAUCUUGGAAUUGCAGGAUCUGACCAAGAUCUAUGCAGGUAGGCACAAGCCUGCAGUGGACAGACUGUGUCUUGGCAUCCGUCCCGGAGAGUGCUUUGGUCUUUUGGGAGUGAACGGCGCUGGCAAAACAACAACAUUCAAAAUGCUGACUGGAGAUACUGAUGUGACAUCUGGGGAUGCUGUAGUGGCUGGCAAUAGCAUAUUGACCCACAUUUCCAACGUCCACCAAAACAUGGGCUACUGCCCUCAGUUUGAUGCUAUUGAUGACCUGCUCACAGGAAGAGAACAUCUCCACUUGUAUGCACGCCUGAAGGGAGUUCCGGCAGAGGAAAUCAAGAGGGUUGCUGAAUGGGGCAUCCAGAAGCUGGGCCUUCCUAUGUAUGCAGACCACCUGGCUGGUACCUACAGUGGUGGCAACAAGCGCAAGCUCUCCACUGCUAUUGCAUUGAUUGGCUGCCCACCACUCGUCUUGCUAGAUGAGCCAACUACUGGGAUGGACCCGCAGUCCCGGCGCCUUCUGUGGGACUCUAUUGUCAGCGUGCUCAGAGACAGACGAGCUGUGGUUCUAACCUCACACAGUAUGGAAGAAUGUGAAGCCCUCUGUACCCGUUUAGCCAUCAUGGUAAAGGGUACCUUCAAAUGCCUGGGCACAAUUCAGCAGCUAAAGUACAAGUUUGGAGAUGGCUACAUUGUCACUCUGAAAAUCAAAGCUCCAAAGUCAGGGCUGCCUCCAGAUCCUACUCCUGCUGAGCAAUUCAUACGUGUGAACUUUCCAGGGAGUUUACAGAGAGAGAGACACUACAACAUGCUGCAGUAUCAGAUUUGUUCCUCAUCUCUGGCUAAGAUUUUUCGGUUAAUAAUCUCCAAUAAGGAAAAUUUGCAUAUCGAAGAAUAUUCUGUGUCUCAAACAACUUUAGAUCAGGUUUUUGUGAACUUUGCUAAACAGCAGAUGGAGGAUGAGGACAUUCCUUUGCAUCCCCGUGCAGCUGGAGCCAGCCAAGAAACAAAGGUGUCCCCUGCUUCAUGUCAGCAGGUGGUUGCGUAGACUGGCACUUUCUAUACGGUGUGCGGACAGUGCCAUACAAGAGCAGAA